CACAGUGCUGGAGAUAGACAACAGCAGCAGCAGAUACAACACCAGCAGGGCAAGGAGACGUCACGAAUAGCUGCUGGCUGUAGUUGAUCGCUGGAUUUACGUUGUAGCUGAGCGCAGACAAGCUCCGCACGUGGAGCCGGGAUAGUGGAGAUGAGAGCCUCGGGAUGACGUCCAGCAGAAGCGCAGACGCGUCGUCAUGGCCAGGGCGCCGCAGCAUUGUGGGGUCAGCUCGGGGUCACCUGGCGAUGAAGAGUGGCCCAUUUUGCCCUGGCUCUUCCAGCAGAAUUGCGAGCCAGAUGAUGAUCGAGGACCAAAUGACGUCACAUUACAACCGAAUCUCUUCAGCCAAAGCGGCUGUCGAUUCGUCUCUGCCCAAGAGCCUACUGACUAGCGUGAAAUACCGGGACCAGCAGCGGCGGGCGUGGCUGCGAAAGGAGGUGCGUCACGCAGAGAAGGAUCUGCGGAGCAACCCGUCGCUGUCUCGCUCGGGCUCCCGGCCAGCCUCCGCUCGCACCGCAUCACCGUCGCGCACAUGGAGCCCCUCUCCUCCGCCGCGGUGCGGCAGUGCCUUGGCGCUGUCGUCGGGCUUCCCGUCGUAUGCGGAGGCGCCGCGCGACGCGGGCCGGUCCUCGUCGCCCUCGCCACUGCUGCUGCUGCACGGGCGCGACGCAGCGCGCUGGGCCGACUUGCGGCGUCACACCAGAUCCCAGCGUGGUGGGGGGGGCGCGUCCCUGCCCGGCUCCCAGCGCGCCCGCUCCCUACUGUCCUGCCCCUCCGCAGGCGCCGCCUCGGCCCCCGAGCGGCCGUACCGCGACGCUCGCGGCCGCACGUUCGCGGGCGGCGACGUCCUGGAGAAGCACGCCGAGUCGUUCACGACGGCCGAGCGACCGUUCACGCCGCGCAUGCUCAGGUCGGACGCCAGCGCCGCGCUGCUGGCCCGCACGCGGCACUACGCGCCGCCCCGACGCCGAGCUCGUCAGCCGCCUCCCGGGAAGACGUUCGUGGAGAGGGACGUGCAGACGGACCCCGACAGCGAGGAUAUGUACCAGACGGACGCCAAUCAUGCACGCUGGGUGCUGGAACAGGCAAGGUACACCGAGGGGCUAGAAGCCCCCGUGCGGGCACGGGACUGGUUCCAAGCCACAAGUCUUUCGCCGGGGCCCAAGUCUGCUGCAGCGGAGAGGGCACGUUUACAAGAAGAAGAGCUGAAAUACUUGCAGUUUAUUGGACAGGUCACCGAUGACAUCUUGGCAAUGGGAUUGUUCUCAAAUUCGGUCCUCGUGAGAGUGUUUGAGAGACACGUGGAGAAAAACAGACACCGUCUUGAAGAAACCAAGAUGCGCCACAUGCUGGAGGUGCUGAAGAGCGAUCUCGGGAUGGAGAAGUCGCGGGAGUGGGGAAACUCCCUGCCGCGGGACUGGAGGCCCGACGGAUCGGACGGUCCGCUCGCCCGCUCUCGCGAUUCGCUCCGCCGCGACGGCGAUGAUUUCGAUGACAGCGGCGGCGCUUCACCUACGCGCCCUGCUCAGGAGCGCCGCGCGAGAGACGGACACGGCCAGCACGACCGCUCGCGCCGCCCCGUCGACCGCUGGAACGGCGCGGGCGCCGAGGCCUCGCCAGGACACGCUCACGGGAGCUCCGGCGACGGGAGAGGGGGGCGGCACCGGCCUUCGCUGGCCACCUCCGAUGUCCUGCACGGCCACGGGGACGCGUCGCUGGAAUUGUCUGGGAAGCGCGAUGACCCGGGCACGCGUGAGCAAGACCUAGGAGAUUUUAAUAUUGAUGCUGCCCUGGAUGAUUCAUCGCCGCUUCUCACAGACGAUGGACUGGAUGACCUCCUGGCAAAGUAUCGACAUCGGCGCGACUUAAAGUACGACCGUUUCGGCGGCUUGCACCGCGAAGACGAGCAAGCGAGCCCCCAGCGCACCGGCGCCUCCAGCCCAGCUGAAGACACGGGGAAGUUUCCGGUGACGGGCGAGUCGAACCGCGAGCGAGAGGAUGGUGGCGAUCCAGAACCCGUCGGUGCCACGGAGAACAAAAUCGAGGAGCGAGGCUCUGGUUUAAGGCGCCGGAGCCGCCAGCACGCUGGCGCCUCCAGCCCGGCUGAAGACACGGCGACAGUUCCGGUGACGGACGAACGAGAGGACGGUAACGAUCCAGAACCGGUCACCGGCACGGAGAACAAAGUUGAGGGGAGAGACGGUGCCGGCGAGAUUUGUCCCGAUGCCGCCGAUGCCGCCGUUGAUGACGACGACGACUUCUUUGGCGGAGCGCAGACCGUCCACGCCGGCUCUGGGCUCAAGCUCGGCAGGACCAUGGUGACCCAGGACAUUGAGACGUUGCAGAAGGUCUUAACGAGCGUGCUGCACAUCGGGGAUGAGGAGACUAAUGGUCAGUGUUCUGCCGAUGAAGAAGCAGGGUUGGGCGAUGAGGAGGGAGGCGAUCCAGAGCGGGUAAGCAACGACAAAGAAGGGGGAAUGUCUCCUGCGGAAAGCGAGAAGGACGAUGCAGAGGCACGAGAUGAAGGCGAGGGCAACGACGAUUUUUGACGAGUAGAUCAACCCCGCAGCAAUAGCCCCUUGCACUGAUGUUUCGUUUCUUCCAAAGGUUAAACCUUACGUUGCAAUUUUAUCGUUCACAAAAAAAGUUCAAACUGAGGUUUACACUGCGUGCAGUUCGUUGUGUUUUUCGCUAAUUCAUAGAAUAAUUUUAAAGCUAAAAGAUUUGUAUCCACUAUAUCCACGAAUAUACUGUUAACUUGACUGAUAUAUUGUGUGAUGCUUUACAAAUUGUAUAUUUUUAGAUGGACAGUAUUAAUGGAAUAAAAUAAAA